AUGAAUGGCCUGGCUCUCUCCCUGAGCUGGGGCCUCUUGUUGCACAUCACGGAGACCUUGAUUGUGGCCUAUUUUGCGCUCAUCUCCUGGGCUGACUCGCAGGGCCUCUUCCCGAGGCUGGAGAAUGUGGGAGCCUUCAAGACUGUGUCCGUCAUGCCAACCCACGCCACGUGCGGACUCCCAGACCACAGCACGUUUUGCCAUAGCUCUGUGGUCGCCGAAAGUCUCCAGUCCUGCACCCAGAGGCUUUGCGUUCAGGAUUGCCCCCACAGAUCUGCACCCCCAGCCUACACAGCCCUCUUCUCCGCAGGCCUGGGGGGCUGCGUGGCUGCAGACACGCAGGAUCUGCGCCCGGACUCCCCUCAAAAUUCCACGAGUUUUAUGUUUGGAAAUCACACGAGCUGCAUUUCUUCUCCUCCUCCAAGGCUGGCGGCAUCAUUUACGUUGGCUGUGUGGUUGAAACCCGAGCGGGAAGGUGUAAUGUGUAUUAUAGAGAAGAUGGCGCACGGGCAGAUUGUGUUCAAACUUACAGUAUCGGAGAAAGAAACCACGUUUUAUUAUCGCACAGUAAAUGGUUUGCAGCCUCCAAUAAAAGUAAUGACACUGGGGAGAAUUCUUGUGAAGAAAUGGAUCCAUCUGAGUGUGCAGGUGCAUCAGACAAAAAUCAGUUUCUUCAUCAAUGGUUUGGAGGAGGACAGCACAGCUUUUGAUGUGCAAACUCUAAGUGGUUCAAUUAUAGAUUUUGCCUCUGGUGCUACGUGGAUAGGACAGAGUUUAAAUGGUUUAGAGCAGUUUGUUGGAAGAAUGCAAGAUUUUCGAUUAUACCAAGUGGCACUUACAAACAGAGAGAUUGAGGCCAUCUCUGCUGGAGCUCUGCCCACCUUGCACGUCCAGCCCCACUGCCGCUGCCCGGAGAGCCACCCGCGGGUCCAUCCCCUGCGCCAGCGGUUCUGCAUUCCCAACGAUGUGGAGGACACGACUAGGGACAGGGUGUCCCGGCUGCAUCCCGAGGCCCACCCUCUCUCUUUUGUCAAUGAUGACGACAUUGAGACUUCCUGGGUCUCACAUGUGUUUACAAACAUCACCCAGCUUAAUGAAGGAGUGACUAUUUCAAUAGAUUUGGAAAAUGGACAGUAUCAGGUGUUUUAUAUCAUCGUUCAGUUCUUGAGUCCACAACCAACAGCAAUAAGGAUUCAGAGGAAGAAGGAAGACAGCCUAGAUUGGGAAGAUUGGCAGUAUUUUGCUAGAAAUUGCAGUGUUUUCGGAAUGAAAAACAAUGGAAAUUUGGAAAAUUCAGAUUCGGUCAACUGUCUUCAGCUUUCAGAUUUUACUCCAUAUUCCCGUGGCAAUGUCACAUUUAGUCUCCUAGCACCUGGACCAAAUCACCGUCCUGGAUACAAUGACUUCUAUAACACCCAGUCUCUUCAAGAGUUUGUAAAAGCCACCCAAGUAAGACUUCAUUUUCAUGGACAGUACUAUACAACUGAGCCUCCCGCCAGCCUCAGACACAGAUACUACGCGGUCAGUGAAGUCACCAUCACGGGCAGGUGUCAGUGUCACGGUCACGCUGACAGCUGUGACACGACGAGCCAGCCCUAUCAGUGCCUCUGCUCCCGGGAAAGCUUCACCAGGGGACUUCAGUGCAAUCGCUGCCUGCCUCUUUACAACGACAAGCCUUUCCGCCCAGGAGACCAAGUCCACGCCUUCAGUUGUAAGCCCUGUCAGUGCCACGGCCAUUCCCAAAGCUGCCACUACGACAUCUCAGAGGACCCCUUUCCGUCCGAGCACCACAGAGGGGGCGGAGGAGUCUGUGAUGAUUGUGAGCACAACACCACAGGACGGAACUGUGAGCUGUGCAAGGAGCACUUUUUCCGACCAGUUGGGGCAGAUCCUUCAGCCACGGAUGUGUGCCAGCCCUGUGAGUGUGAUGCAGCCGGUACGCAAAACGGUAGCCUCCUGUGUGAUCAGAUGGGAGGCCAGUGUGAUUGUAAGCGACGCGCUUCUGGCAGGAGGUGCAAUCAGUGCCAGGAUGGGUUCUUCAACCUGCAUGAGCUGGAUCCUGACGGCUGUAGGCCUUGCAACUGCAAUACCUCGGGGACCGAGGAUGGAGAUGUUACCUGUCACCCACAUUCAGGCCAGUGCACCUGCAAAGCAAACGUUAUUGGGCUCCGAUGCGAUCGUUGCAGUUUUGGAUUUAAAUUCCUCCGGAGUUUCCAUGAUGGCGGGUGUGAGCCCUGCCGGUGUAACCCCUUCGGCUCAGCGAGCAAACGCUGCGACCCUCUGUCGGGGCAGUGUGAGUGCAAGGCAGAAGCCAGCGGACUCCGGUGUGACACCUGCCGGGAGCACUUCUACGGGCUGGACGUCACUGGUUGCAAGGCCUGCGCCUGCGACCCCUCGGGGUCCCUGCCCGGGACCGUCUGUGACGCUGGGACAGGGCAGUGCCGCUGCAAGCCCCGCGUUGGAGGGAGACAGUGUGAUGGAUGUUUGGAGGGAUCCUUCUACCUCCAGCAGAAUAACUCUUUCCUCUGCCUGCCCUGUGACUGUGAUAAGACGGGGACAGUAAAUGGCUCUGUGCUGUGUGACAAAUCAACAGGACAGUGUCCGUGCAAAUCAGGAGUAACAGGUCUCCGCUGCAGCCAGUGCCAGCCUCACAGGUACAAUCUGACCGCGGGCGACUUCCAAGGCUGCCGGGUGUGCGAGUGCGACUCCGCGGGGACGUUACCCGGGACCACGUGUGACCCAAGUAGUGGCCAGUGCCGGUGUUUGCCUAAUCGCCAAGGAAGAAGGUGUGACCAGUGUCAACCAGGCUUUUAUAUCUCUCCGGGCAAUGCUACUGGCUGCCUGCCCUGUUCCUGCCACACAGCUGGGGCAGCUCAUCACAUCUGUAAUAGCCGAACUGGCCAGUGUGUUUGCCAAGAUGCUUCCACCGCUGGGCUAAGUUGUGACCGUUGUAGGGACCUUUACUUUGGAUUUGAUCCUCAGAUUGGGAGAUGUCAGCCUUGCAAUUGUCAUCUCUCCGGAGCCUUGAAUGAAACCUGCCACUUGGUCACGGGCCGCUGUUUCUGUAAACGAUUUGUCACCGGCUCAACGUGUGACACUUGUGUUCCCGGCGCAAGCCACUUGGAUGCCAGCAACCCGUGGGGUUGCAGCAAAACUCCGUCCCAGCAACCUCCACCCAGAGGACAAGUUCAAAGUUCUUCGGCCAUCCAUCUCUCCUGGAGCCCACCGGAUCCUCCCAGUGCCCACUGGCUUACUUACCGUUUAUUCAGGGACGGGUCUGAAAUCUACACAACUGAAGAUCAAUACCCGUACGACAUCCAGGACUUCUUAGACACUGCCCUGUUGCCAUAUACCUCCUAUUCCUAUUCCGUCGAGACCUCCAGUGUUCAGGGUUCGACGAGGAGUGCAGUUGUCGCCUACAGGACAAGGCCGGGGGUCCCAGAGGGAACCUUGAACUUAAGUUAUGUCAUCCCUGUUGGCUCGGACUCGGUGACGCUUACCUGGACGGCAGCCUCCAAUCGCACUGGCCCUGUAGAGAAGUAUCUCCUGUCCUGUGCUCCCUUCGAUGACGCCCAGCCCUGCGUUCCCCAUGAAGGUGGCGGAACCACGGCUACCAUCUGGAAUCUGCUUCCCUUCACCGAGUACCGCUUUUCCGUGCAGGCCUGUACCAGUGGGGGCUGUUUACACAGCUCGCCCGUAACCGUGACCACAGCCCAGGCUCCUCCUCGAGGGCUGGGUCCCCCUGUGGUGCUGGCCAUCAGUUCCACAGAACUGCGUGUAGAGUGGGCUCCGCCGAUGGAACCGAAUGGAAUAAUUGCAAGGUAUGAACUCUACAUGAGAAGAUUGAGAUCUGAUGGUGAACCCACGUCAGCAGAAAGUCUAGUGUUUGAGAGCAGCGGCUGGCUCAGUCCUCGCCCGUUGGCAGAGUCGGCCAGUGAAAAUGCGUUGAAACCCCCUCCGGCAGCCACAACCGUCCCUGGCUUGGAGCCUUACACUGCAUAUGAGUUUAGAGUCUGGGCUGGGAAUAUGGCCGGCAGCGUGUCUUCCCCCUGGGCCUCAGGACGGACAGGAGAAUCAGAGCCUAUAUCCAUGGCCCCUCCCUCGGUCUCCCCCCUCUCACCACACUCUCUCAACGUGUCCUGGGAGAAGCCGGCCGAUAAUGUUACGCGAGGAGAUGUUGUGGGAUAUGAGAUCAAUAUGAUUUCUGAACAGUCGCCUCAACAACCUGCUCUGGUGGUGUUUUCACAGGUGUUGGCCAGGACUGAACCCCAGCAGCUGUCCUAUAUUGUAAGUGGACUGAAACCUUACAGGACCUACAACUUUACUGUCUCCCUCUGCAAUUCAGUUGGUUGUGUAACCAGUGCUUCGGGAGCAGGGCAGACGUUGCCAGCAGCGCCAGCCCAGCUGAGGCCGCCUCUGGUCGAAGGGGUCAGCGGCACAGCCGUCCGUGCUCGCUGGCUCCCGCCCGCAGAACUGAACGGCCCGUCUCCUGUCUAUCAGCUGGAAAGGAGGGAGCCGUCCCUCCCAGCCCCGGGGGCCAGGGCGGAGAAAGGAGUCCGCUUCCCAGGACACGGAUAUUAUACAUUUCCCAGCUCCACUCACCCCGUCAACACAGACUUCACCGGCAUUAAGGCCAGCUUCCGAACAAGGGAGCCUGAAGGUUUGCUCGUCUUUGCCGCGUCCCCGGGCAACCAGGAGGAGUACUUUGCACUUCAGUUGAAACACGGACGUCCUUAUUUUCUCUUUGAUCCUCAGGGGUCUUCAGUGGAAGUGACCACCACUAAUGAUGAUGAUAAACAAUACAGUGAUGGCAAAUGGCAUGACAUAGUCGCUGUGAGGCAUCAGGCUUUUGGCUGGAUCACGCUGGACGGGCAGUACACAGGUUCCUCGGGGCUCCUGAAUGGCAGCACUAUCAUCGGAGAGAACACGGGCGUGUUUGUGGGAGGCCUGCCGCGGGGCUACGCCGUCCUGAGGAAGGACGCCGGCAUAGUCCGAAAGGGUUUUGUGGGCUGUCUCAAGGAUGUGCAUUUUAUGAAGAAUUACAACCCCUCCGCUGUUUGGGAGCCUCUGGUUUGGCAGAAUUCUGAAGAGCAGGUCAACUCCUAUGACACCUGGGAGGGAUGUCCCUCUUCAUUGCAAGAGGGAGCCCAUUUCCUCGGAGCAGGGUUCCUGGAACUUGAUCCAGGCACAUUUCAUGGUGGCCUGGACUUUGAGAUUUCCUUCAAGUUCAGAACAGACCAAUUGAAUGGGUUGCUCCUUUUCAUUUACAACAAAGACGGACCUGAUUUUCUUGCUGUGGAGCUGAAGAGUGGAAUACUGAGCCUCCGGUUAAACACCAGUCUUACCUUCACCCGAGUGGAUCUGUGGCUGGGGCUGUCCUACUGUGAUGGCACGUGGAAUAAGGUGACAGUUCGAAAGGAAGGUGCCCUGGUGUCUGCCAGCCUGAAUGAACUGAUGGAGCGCGUGUCACAGCCCAGAGCCCAGCCGCUGGCUGUGAAUUCCGCCGUCUACCUGGGAGGAGUCCCCCCCGAGCUGCAGGACUCUCAUGCACACCUGGGUUUGGAGCCAGGUUUUGGCGGCUGCAUGCAGGACGUUGCGUUUGAGCGCGGCACCGCUCUCCGCUUGGCAUCUGUGUCCAGCGGCACUGUCAGAGUCAAUCUGGACGGAUGCCUGUCAAGUGACAGCGCCGUUAACUGCAGGGGGAACGACUCCAUCCUGGUGUACCGGGGCCCGGAGCCCAGCGCGCAGGAGCACGGGCUGCAGCCCUUCACAGAAUACCUGUACCGCGUGAUGGCCUCGCACGAAGGGGGUUCUGUCUGGAGUGACUGGAGCCGGGGGCGCACAACUGGAGCAGCUCCACCCAGCGUGCCAGCCCCCUCCAGAGUCCGCAGCAUAAACGGAUCGAGCGUACAAGUGGCCUGGGAUGAACCUGUGGAGGUCAGAGGUGUGAUUGAGAAGUACAUCCUGAGAGCCUGCCCUGAGGGUGGCGGGCCCGGCCCACCCCGCACCCCCUGUGUCACGUCUGAGCCUGUGCAUACCAGCAACCUCACAGGCGUGCUGACAGGCUUGCUCCCCUUCAGAACCUAUGCGGUGACCCUUGCUGCCUGCACUCUGGCCGGCUGCACUGAGAGCUCGCGUGCACUGAACAUCUCUACUCCACAAGAAGCCCCACAAGAGGUUCAGGCACCAGUAGCCAAAUCCCUUCCCAAUUCGUUGUUCCUCUCCUGGAAUCCACCCAAAAAAGCGAAUGGUGUCAUCACUCAGUACUCUUUGUAUAUGGACGGGAUGCGAAUCUAUUCAGGCAUCGGAGAGAGCUACACAGCCACAGAUUUAGCAGUGUUCUCGCCCCACCAGUUUCUGCUGUGUGCCUGCACACAUGUGGGAUGCGCGAACAGCUCCCUGGUGAUGCUGUACACGGCACAGCUGCCACCGGAACACGUGAGUCCUCCGAUUCUGACCGUCCUGGAUUCCAGAACUAUAAACGCACAGUGGAAACAACCAAGAAAACUAAACGGAAUUCUGGAGCGCUAUCUAUUAUAUAUUUCAAACCACAUGCAUGACUUUACCACGUGGGAUGUCGUCUAUAACAGUACAGAGCUUUUUCAGGACCACACGCUACAGUACCUGUUGCCUGGCACCAAAUAUCUCCUCAAGCUGGGAGCUUGCACCGGGGGCGGGUGCACAGUGAGUGAGCCCAGUGAGGCCCGGACGGAGGAUUGCUCACCAGAAGGCGUGCCCGCCCCCAGAGCGCACUCCUAUUCACCCCACUCCUUCAACAUCUCCUGGACGGAGCCUGAGCAUCCGAACGGUGUGAUCACACGCUAUGGGCUCUAUCUGGAUGGACUGCUCAUUCACAAUUCCUCAGAGCUCAGCUGCCAUGCUUACGGAUUUGCUCCGUGGAGCUUACAUUCUUUCAGAGUCCAGGCCUGCACGGCCAGAGGGUGUGCUCUGGGCCCACUGGUAGAAAAUCGAACUCUCGAAGCUCCCCCUGCAGGGACAGUCAGUGUCCUGGUGAGGACAGAGGGGUCCCGGAGAGCCUGCCUGAGGUGGGAAGGGCCAUCUCACCCGAAUGGACGCCUGACAUACACAGUCCUUCUCACCGGGAUGUUCUAUGCAGAUCAAGCAGCUAAUAACUACACUCUUCUGAAUGGCACACGCCUCGUGCACCGUGGUGAAGAGACCAACCUGUGGGUGCCCAUUGACGGGCUGGUUCCUUUUACUAAUUAUACGGUAGAAGUGAAUGCUUCAAACACCAGGGGCAGCCUGACAAGUGAGCCUACAGCGAUUGUGAUGCCCCCGGGGGCUCCAGAUGGCGUGCUGCCUCCCAGGCUUGCGGCCGCCGCUCCGACCAGUCUUCAGGUUGCCUGGUCUACACCAGCUCAGAACAACGCCCCCGGCUCAGCCCGCUACCAGCUCCAGAUGAGGCCGGGCCCCUCCUCCCCUGCGUUGCUAGAGUUAUUUUCCAGUCCUUCGGCAUCAUUAAGCCAUGAAGUGAGGGACCUCCAGCCGCACACGGAGUACGCGUUCCGGGUGGUUGCCUCCAAUGGAUUUGGCAGUGCGCUCAGCCCUUGGAUUCUGUUCAUGACGACGGAGGACAGACCCGGACCUGUGGACCCUCCGAUCCUCCUGGCUGUGGACCCGAGAGCGAUGCUGGUCACCUGGCAGCGCCCUGUAAAGCCCAACGGGGUCCUCACGCACUAUAACCUGUACCAGCUCGGCCAGCUCUUCCUGAGAGCUCCUGGCGAUGCCACGAACCGCACCGUGACCUGGCUGCGCCCACACACCGCCUACGCCUUCCAGGUGGAAGCCUGCACCGCACGGGGCUGUUCCCUCUCCCCCCGGUCCCAGGCUGUCUGGACACCCCCAGACGCGCCGGAAGGCAUCCCAAGCCCCGAGUUGUUCUCCGAUACCCCGACAUCUGUGAUCGUCUCAUGGCAACCGCCUGCCCACCCCAACGGCUUGGUGGAGAACGUCACCAUCGAGAGGAGGGUCCAGGGGAAGGAGGAAGUCACUGCCUUGGUGACUCUCCCGGGAAACCAUUCCACGCGGUACAUGGACAAGACGGCCGCCCUCAGCCCGUGGACGAAGUACGAAUACCGGGUCCUGAUGAGCACUCUGCGUGGGGGCACCAACAGCAGCGCCUGGGCGGAGGUGACCACGAGGCCCUCCAGGCCCGCCGGGGUGCAGCCCCCCAUGGUGCGCGUGCUCGGACCCGGGGCAGCCGAGGUCACGUGGAAACCACCGCUCAUCCAGAAUGGAGAUGUGCUUAGCUACGAGAUCCGUAUGCCCGACCCUCACGUCACAAUCAUGAAUGUCACUCCUGCAGUGUUAAGCCACGUCAUCACUGGGCUGACUCCUUUCACUGAUUACUCGGUCAGCAUCGUGGCUUGCUCAGGGGGGAGCGGGCAUCUAGGAGGAUGCACAGAGAGUUUGCCCACCCACGUUACAACCCACCCCUCCCCACCUCAGGGUGUUCAGCCGCUGUCCGUGGUCCCACUCAGUGAAUCGUAUGCUGGGGUUUCUUGGCAGCCACCAUCCAGGCCAAAUGGACCUGGUUUGAGAUAUGAGCUUCUGAGACGUAAAAUCCAGCAGCCACUUGCAUCAAAUCCCCCAGAAGAUUUAAAUCUGUGGCACAAUAUUUACUCAGGAACCCAGCGGUUUUAUGAAGAUAAGGGUCUUAGCAGGUUCACCACAUACGCGUAUAAAGUUUUUGUCCACAACAGCGUGGGUUUCACACCGAGCCAGGAAGCGACGGUGACGACGUGGGCUGGCCUGCCGCAGAGAGGAGCCAGGGUCUCCGUGACUGUCCUCAACCACUCGGCCCUCGACGUGCGGUGGGAUAAACCAACUUUUCAAGACCUACAAGGUGACGUGGAGUAUUAUACGCUUUUUUGGAGUUCUGCUACCUCAAAUGAAUCUCUGAAAAUCCUCCCAGAUGUAAAUGCUCAUGUCAUUGGCCACUUAAGUCCAAACACGGAGUAUCGGAUUUUGAUCUCUGUCUUCAACGGCGUCCACAGCAUCACCAGCGAUGUCCUGUAUGCAACCACUCGCGAUGGGGAGCCUCAGGGCAUGCCUCCUCCAGAGGUUGUCAUCAUCAACAGCACAGCUGCACGUGUCAUCUGGAUGUCGCCUUCCAGCCCAAAUGGCGUCGUCACUGAAUAUUCUGUCUGUGUAAACAACCGGCUCCACAAGACUGGGAUGGAUGUGCCCGGGUCCCUCCUCCUACCAGACCUGUCUCCCUUCACUGUCUAUGACAUUCAGGUCGAAGUCUGCACAAAAUAUGCCUGUGUGAAAAGCAAUGGAACCCAGGUCACCACCAUGGAAGACACUCCAAGCGAUAUGCCAGCACCCACAAUUCAUAGCAUCACUUCGAGAUCCCUUCAAAUUGAUUGGACGUCCCCAGGGAAGCCAAAUGGCAUCAUUCUGGGAUAUGAUGUCUUACGCAAAUCAUGGACCCCGUGCCCUGAGACCCCGAAAGCUCACAGCAGUGAGCUCUGCAAGGCAGUGAUGUGUCAAAAGCCUGAAACUACCUGUGGACACAGGUGCUAUGAUCCUGAGGCUAAGGUUUGCUGUGCUGGCGUGCUCCAUGAGGCCCAGCCCGGACACCACUGCUGUGAGGAGAAGUAUAUCCCUUUGGUUCUGAAUUCAACGGGAGUGUGUUGUGGCGGCCGCAUCCAACAGGCACAGCCAGACCACCACUGCUGCGCAGGGUAUUACGUUAGAGUUCUGCCAGGUGAGGUGUGCUGUCCAGAUGCCCAGCACCACCGGGUCGCCGUGGGCCUGGGUGACGCCUGCUGCGGCCGGAUGCCCUACUCCACGGCGGGCGCCCAGGUGUGCUGCGCGGGGAGGCUGCGGGACGGCCAAGGCCAGCAGUGCUGCGGGGGACAGCUGGUCAGCAGAGAGGCCCAGUGCUGCGGGGGAGCAGACGGGGGCGUGGCAUACAGCCGCCUUCCAGGCAUGGCCUGUUGCGGGCAGGAUUACGUGAGUGUGGCAGAGACCAGAUGCUGCUCAGCCUCCAGCGGAGCCUCGCAGGCACAUGUUAGGAAGAGCGGCCGGGUGCCAGUGAGAUGCUGCGAGACGGCGCUUAUUCCAGGGAGCCAGGCCUGCUGCAGCGGAGUUGGAUAUGACCCCCUGGAGUAUGUCUGCUCCGACAAGGCUCCCACUGGAACCAGGACGACGGACACCCCCGAAGCGUGCGGCACUGUCUGCCCAGCGUCUGCGGCAGCCACUGCACAUUGCGGCCGGUGUGACUUCAACUUCACCAGCCACGUUUGCACAGUGGUCAUAGGGUCUCGCAGCUCCACAGAGAGGACACCUGUGGCAGAAGCGUGCUCCUCUGCGGAAGAGCUGGUGCACACGGGAAGCACAGACACGUUCUCCUUUACAGAUGUGAACCUGGAGCCCUAUAUGACAUACGAGUAUAGGAUCUCGGCUUGGAAUGGCUACGGACGAGGAUUCAGCGAAGCUGUUAGAACCAGCACGAAAGAAGACGUGCCUCAGGGAGUGAGUCCCCCUCAGUGGUUCAGAACGGACCGUCCUGAAGAUGGAAUACUCCUAACCUGGAAGAAACCCAUACAACCGAAUGGUCAUAUCAUUCACUACAUUCUUCUCCGAAAUGGAGUGGAAUAUUUUCGGGGAAGGUCAUUGACCUUCUCUGAUACAACGGGAAUUGAGCCUUUUCAGGAAUAUUCAUACCAGCUGAAAGCUUGCACAGUUGCGGGCUGUGCCCCCAGCGGCGAGGUGGUUGUCACUACUACCCAAGGAGUCCCGCAGAGCGUCCUGCCACCGAGGAUCACAGCCCCCAGGGCCGACGCCCUGCGCUUGAGCUGGGAUGCCCCCGAGAAACCAAAUGGCGUCAUUACGGAGUACCAGCUCCGGCAGGUUGGGAAGGGGCUCAUCCACACGGAGACCACCGACAGGAGGGAACAUACGGUCACAGGUCUCCAGCCGUAUACCAGCUACAGCUUCACUCUUACAGCUUGUACAUCUGCCGGGUGCACUUCAAGUGAGCCUUUUCUAGGUCAGACUCUGCAGGCAGCGCCUCAAGGCGUGUGGGCGACACCUCGACACAUUAUCAUCAAUUCUACAGCCGUGGAAUUAUACUGGAGGCCACCGGAAAGGCCCAACGGCCUCAUUUCUCAGUAUCAGCUGAUUCGUAAUGGGACCUCAGUUUUCCUGGGGGGCAGCGAGGACCAGCAUUUCACUGAUCAAAACCUGGCGCCCAACAGCAGGUACAUUUACAAGUUGGAAGCCACAACUGGAGGCGGCAGUAGUUUUAGUGACGAGUACCUUGUACAAACACCUCUCCUGACACCAGAGGAAAUCCAUGCUCCAUACAAUAUCACUGUGAUUGGGCCUUACUCCGUGUUCGUAGCCUGGACCCCACCAGGGAUACUGAUCCCCCAGAUGCCCGUGGAGUACAGUGUCCUACUCAGUGCUGGCAGCGUGCCACCUGUCACCUCCGCUGUGGGUCAGCGUCAGUCCGUCCUGCUGGGAAAUUUGGCUCCAUUUACACCGUAUGAGAUAAGGAUACAAGCGUGUCAAAAUGGAAGCUGUGGAGUGAGCAGUGGGACGUUGGUCAGAACAUCAGAAGCAGCCCCAAAGGAUCUGAGCCCCCCUGUUCUUAGGGCCCUGGGGUCCACUUCCAUAGAGGUUACGUGGAUGCCGCCCAAAAAGCCAAACGGAGUCAUCACCCACUACUCUAUUCACAGACGUCCUGCUGGCUCUGACGAGGAGACCCUGGUGUUUGUCUGGUCAGAAGGAGCCUUCGGAUUUACCGAUGCUGCGGGCACCCUGAGGCCGUUCACGCUCUACGAAUACCAGGUCAGAGCCCAGAACUCCGGGGGCUCCGUGGAGAGUCUGUGGACCUCAGCACGGACACUGGAGGCCCCACCCCAAGACCUGCCGGCGCCCUGGGCUCAGGCCACUGGUGCUCACUCGGUUCUGCUGAACUGGACGGAGCCAGGCUCUCCCAAUGGCAUCAUCUCCCGGUACCACGUGGUCUACCAGGAGAGGCCGGAGGACCCCACGUUCAGCAUCUCCCCCGUGCGUGCUUUCACAGUAGCGGGAACAAGCCAUCAGGCGCACCUGUUCGGGUUAGAACCCUUCACAACGUAUCACGUUGGUGUCGUGGCCGCCAACGAGGCAGGAGAGGUGUCCAGCCCCUGGACUCUGGUCCAGACCCCGGAAUCUUCCCCAAGUGGACUGAGCAACUUCACGGUGGAGCAGAGGGCGGGCGGCCGGGCCUUGCUGCUGCGGUGGUCGGAGCCCGUGCGGGCCAACGGCGUGAUUCAGACCUACAACGUCUUCAGCGCCGGCAGCCUGGAGUACACGGGCCUGAGCCGCCGGUUCCUCCUCCGCCGCCUGGACUGGUCGGAGCCCGGCCACCCGAACGGGAAGAUCACCCGCUACGAAGUGAUCCGCAGGUGCUUCGGGGGGAAUCGGACAGAUGCGGACAUUGUCUGCACGGAGUACACGUGGGACAGGGAUGCGUUUGCGUGCAGCGACGCCGGCCUGCAGCCAUGGACGCCGUGCGAGUAUAAAAUCCACGCGUGGAAUUCAGCCGGCCACGCCUGCACUCCAGGCCUCCGGGCCGUCAGUGCCACGCAGAUCAAUGCGUCCUGGUCACCGCCAGCAGCGCAGAAUGGCAAGAUCACCACGUAUUUGCUCAGAAGUGAGGGUCAGGAGCACCCGGCCGGGCAGGGCCUGUCCCUGCUGGUCGCGCACCUGCAGCCCUACACGCAGUACAGCUUCUCUCUCGUCGCCUGCACCCGCGGAGGCUGCACAGCUAGUGCGCCCACCUCGGCCCGGACCCUGGAGGCCCCGCCCCAGAACAUGGAUCCUCCAGAACUGCAAGUCACGGGCUCGGGAUCCAUAGAAGUCACCUGGACGCCCCCCAGAAACCCUAACGGCCAGGUCAGAAGUUACGAACUUCGCAGGGACGGGACCAUCGUGUACGCCGGCCCGGAAACGCGCUACCAUGACUUCACGCUCACCCCCGGGGUGGAGUACGGCUACACGGUGACUGCCAACAACAGCCAGGGGGGCGCGGUGAGUCCCCUUGUCAAAGACCGAACCAGCCCCUGGGCGCCCUCAGGGAUGGGGCCUCCGAGAUUACAGGCCCAGGGUCCCCAGGAGAUCUCGGUGGCCUGGGACCCUCCCGUGAGGACGAACGGCCAGAUCGUCAACUACACCCUCUUCGUCCGAGGGCUGCCUGAAGGAGAAACCAGGAUCGUGCACAUCAACGCAAGUCAUCACUCGUUUGGCGCCCGGGCCCUCGCGGUAAACCAGCUGCAGCCAUUCCGCAGGUACGAAGCUCGAAUUCAAGCCUGCACCCUGCUGGGAUGCGCGUCCAGUGACUGGGCAUCCGUACUGACCCCCGAGAUGGCCCCUGCCAUGCAGCCGCCCCCACGCCUGGAGGUGCGGGUGGCUCCCGGGGGGUUCCAGCCCACGGUCUCUCUCUGGUGGGCAGGACCGCUUCGGCCAAAUGGACAAGUUUUGUCCUAUGAGUUGUACAGGAGACAAGUAGCAACUCAGCCUGGGCUGCCGAGCCCAGUUCUCACCUAUAAUGGAAGCGCCAGCUCUUUUAUGGAUUCCGAUCUCCGGCCUUUCACGGAGUAUGAGUACCAGGUCUGGGCAGUGAAUUCAGCAGGGAAAGCCCCCAGUAGCUGGACUCGGUGUAAAACGGGACCUGCCCCCCCAGAAGGUCUCGGGGCCCCCAGGUUCCACGCCGUGUCUUCUACCCAAGCUGUGGUCAACAUCAGCGCCCCUGGGAAGCCCAAUGGCAUUGUCAGCCUCUACAGGCUCUUCUCCAACAGCACUGGCGGGGCAGAGCUGGUGCUGUCGGAAGGCCCGGCCGCCCAGCAGACCCUCCGCGGCCUGCAGCCCUUCACCACCUACUCCGUUGGCGUGGAGGCCUGCACCUGCUUCAACUGCUGCAGCAGGGGGCCCACGGUGGAGCUGAGGACGCGCCCUGCUCCGCCCGCCGGGGUGGCCUCCCCCCACAUCCAGGCACUGGCCUCCAGGACAGCCUCCUUCCUGUGGAGUCCCCCCCUCUUCCCCAAUGGCAUCAUCCAAAGCUACGAGCUCCAGCUGCACAGGGCUUGCCUUCCGCACACAGAUGCUCCCUGCACCCCCAGCCAGACGGAGACGCAGUACAGGGGCCCGGGGCCCAGCGCCAGCCUCCGGGGGCUCCAGCCUUACACCACCUACAGGCUGCGCGUCCUGGUCCACAACCAGGCAGGCAGCGCGGCCUCCAAGUGGAUCCGCUUCACCACCCAGAGAGAGCCCCCUCAGUACCAAGGCCCGUUCUCGGUGACCAGCAACUUGACAGUGGUGUGUGUCAGCUGGGCCGACUCCUUCCUCCUGCACGGCCCGCUGAAGGAGUUCGUGCUGACCGACGGGGGCCAGCACGUGUACCGUGGCCUGGACACCACCCUCUACAUACCGAGGACUGGGGACCGCACCUUCCUUUUCCAGGUCACGUGCACCACAGAGGAAGGAAGCGUCAAGACGCCUCUGAUCCAGUACGACCCCUCCACGGGCCUCGGCCUGGUGCUGACCACGCCCGGAGGGAAGAAGGGGUCGGAGAGCAGAGGCACCGAGUUCUACGACGAGCUGUGGUUCAUCGCGCUGAUGGCCGUCCUGGGCCUCAUCUUGCUGGCCAUCUUCCUGUCCCUGAUUCUGCAGAGGAAGAUCCACAAGGAGCCGUUCAUCCGGGAGAGGCCGCCCCUGGUUCCCGCGCCCAAGAGGACGUCCCCGCUGAGUGUCUAUCCCCCGGGGGAGACCCACAUGGGAUUGGCCGACACCAAGAUCCCGCGGUCUGGGGCCCGAGUGAGCCUCAGGAGCAACCACAGCAUCUCUGUCCUCCAGAUCCCGAGCCAGAGCCAGCUCAGCCAGGCCUCCCAGGGCUCCCUGCACCGCAGCGUCAGCCAGCUGCUGGACCUGCACGACAAGAAGGUCCUGGUGGACGACGCGCUGUGGGAGACCAUCAUGGGCCACGACAGCGGCCUGUACCUGGACGAGGAGGACCUGAUGAACGCCAUCAAGGGCUUCAGCUCCGUGACCAAGGAGCACACCACCUUCACCGACACCCACCUGUAGGGCCGCCGCCUGCAAACCGUUUCUACUGCUGUUCACACACUCUGCCCCGGCCACACGGGAUGUGAAAGCCGACAACGCUCACCGAUGUCGUUCCCAGAGGAGUAGCUGC